UAGCAUAACCUGUUUCAACCGGCUUCCGUAAUUUUUGUUGUUGUUGCUGAAACGCAAAUAUUCUGUGAAACGUCAACAACUAAGAUGGCGGACUGGAAUCGAGGACAUGGUGCUGUUGACGAUAUGUUGGACGCAGAAAACAAGCUUCUGGCUGACAAUUUGGCGUCCAAAGUUUCCAGAUUAAAAUCGCUUGCCUAUGACAUUGAUAAAGAAGCUGAAGAACAGAAUUCAUAUUUGGAUGGCAUGGACUCUAAUUUUCUAAGUGCUACGGGACUGUUGACAGGCAGUGUGAAGAGGUUCUCAGGAAUGGUGCGAUCUGGGAAAGACAACCGAAAAAUUCUUUGCUAUGUCUCAGUAGGACUGGUGUUCGUAUUCUUCCUGCUCUACUACCUAAUCUACAGGCUCCAGAACUGAAGUAUAACAAGAUUUUAUGGCUGACUUUUGUAUGUGGGUCACUGCUUCCUUUUCAGUAGACAUGAAGGACACUCAUUGUGAAGGUUUUGGAUGGACAUUUUUUGUCUUCCACUCUGCUCCUUCUGCUUGGUGAAAAUGGUGCAAAUGUCGUAUGUACUAAUUUGUAUAUAUAAUUAAUAUCUCAGUUAUAUGAGACUUAUUGUACAUACCUUAUUUAAGAAACAAAUCAUGUUAAUUGUCAUUGUGAAUAGCAAGGAUGAAAGUUGCUCUCACAAAACACAAGGUGCAUUUGAUUGCAGGAUAUAUCUUUAUGGAUGAUUAGCCCUGGAGAUUAUUGGCCAAAUGUCUAGGAAAGCAUCAGUUCAAUUUUCAUACUACUGAGCUAAGACCAGAUGUACUGACCAUAGAUUUUAAUUAAAUGAUCCUUGGUUUUUUGACUUCUGUGUUUUGUAAUAUUUCUUUUUGUUUCUAACUUUACCAAACUGAAACGUUAUUUUGGCUAAAUACCCAUUGGUUUAAGCAAACAAAUGUACAAAUCUGUUCUGGAGUUUGGGUUUACAUUCCUUACUAUUACACUAAUUCCCAGUGUAAGCAAUGUAUAUUUUCUUGAUUUUUCCAAUAGAUGCAUAACAAGAUGAUCCUUUCAUUUGUAGAGUAGAUCUGUUGUGUAAUAAACACUAUGAAACUACA